AUGAAGAACAGACUACUGAAUAUCUCGAGUGCAUGCAUCUUGCUGCUAAUCACAAUUCUGCAACUCACACAAGUCGUUCAUGCACAAUUCUUUCAACAUAUGUUCGGCGGAGGUCAGGCAUUCGAACAAAGAGAGCAAGAAGUGCCACCUUCUGGCGACAGUAAAUGGUUUGACGAUCGUGUACAAGCAGCGACAUGCUCUAAAUUCCUUUGUCCCAGAACACUUUCUUGUGUAGACAAGCCAGCACAUUGCCCAUGCCCAUUCGAACAACAAAUCAGAUGCUCAUAUCCCGAUGGACAAACCGGUAAUUUCGAAGAAGGCGGAUUCGUAUGUGUUCAAGAGCCAAAUUGUGAUCGAAUCAAUCAAUUACGUAGAUUAGGACAAAAUUUCAAAAUGAGCGAUUUAAAGUAA